AUGGGCAGACUCGAUUCAAGCGGUGUAUUCCCAAAACAAGUUAUGGAGUUAAUCAGACAAAUGUGUAUCAAACUUCCAACUAGAAUAUAUGGUAGUGAUUUGUCUAAAACAAAUAAUGGAAUAAUAAUGUGUUACAAGGGUACUAUUUCAAAGCUUAGUCGCAGGUUCAUGGCUAUUCUAAGAAUUUCUGUUUGGAAGUUGGCUGAGAAACCACAGCUCUUUAAUAAACGGUUAAGUAUAUAUGAUGUACACACUAAAGAUGUAGGCAUAAGAAUCUAUCAACUCAAUAAUGAAUAUGAUAGCUGA